AUGAACGGACAUGUAGCAAAUUGGGCUUUGAUUCCAUCAGACCCAGCCGUCUUCAACGACAUGAUUCAGCAGUAUGGGGUGGACGACGCCCGAGCAGUGGACAUAUUUGGGCUCGACCUACUUGAUGAAAUGAAGGACAAUACCGUUCAUGGCUUGAUAUAUAUUUUUCCCUAUGAAGAAGAAGCACUCCCAGACAACUUUGAACAGCAAGACCCUCUGGCAAGCAACAUUAUCUUUACAUCACAACUUGUAACGAAUUCCUGCGCUACUUUGGCACUUUUAGCCGUCUUAUUCAAUGCUGAUAUCAACAAAGGAGACAUUCUCAACAACUUUUUACAAUUCACUCAAGGCUUCUCAGCUACGAAUCGUGGAUGGUGUUUAAGCUAUGAGAAUGAAAUCCGCUCAAUUCACAAUGCGUAUGCCAGCAAUGCAUACCAUACAGCUGAAGCCGCCAUGGACGCAACGACUGAAUAUGGCGAUGCAAACUACGAGGUUGUCGAGACGGAAAACUACCAUUAUAUUAGCUAUAUCUACAAUAAUGGUUUCGUUUGGGAGCUUGAUGGGCUCAAAUCGCAGCCUGUGAGACUUCAAGAGUGUACACAUGAGGAGUGGAUUACUGCAGUGAAACCAAUCAUCCAACAGCGCAUGCAAGACCGAAUGGACGUUAGCCUAUUGGCAAUCACAAAAGAUGGCUACAGAACCAAAUUAAAGCAAAAGAAUGCCUAUAGUUCAUACCUACAAUUAUCAAACCAAGUGACCAUAAAAAGAUUAGCCAAAUCAACAGUAUCACGACGCAAAAAGGCAUUUUUCGACAUGAUCAAUGAGGCAGAUACGCAAUACCACGAUACCAUGAAGGACAUUUGGAGCUCAUUGCUAGGACAGGACUUUGCAUCAGCACAAGCAAAAUUGGACACAUUUGCAAUGGACAUUGAACCCUUCAACCGAGAGGUCGACCAACUCACAGUCAAAAGAGAGCAGGAAAAAGCCAAUUCUAUACGACAAAAGUUUGAUUAUUUCCCCUUCAUACGGGCCCUGUUCAAAUCAAGCUUCCAGUACAACGUAUUACAUGACACAACCAAGCCAGUCAAGCAAAAAUCAGCAAAGGAGAAGACCACUAAAAUACCAGCAAAGAAAACAAGCUCAAUGAAGCCAAGGCCAGCCAAGAAAGCAGCGAGAAAGAAAUCAUAA